AGAAAUCAAACUGUGUUUGAAUCAUGCUGACCAGCCAGGAUCAGGGGGUCCUUCAAUUGGGUUUGUGUCUCUGGUUGUGUAUAUUCAUACCUUUCUUUAAAGGCUCUGCAGGCUGUGCAUCUGAGGAGAGGCUCUUUCACACACUGUUUUCUCAUUAUAACCAGCUCAUCAGGCCCGUGGAAAAUGUUUCGGAUCCUGUCACGGUGCACUUUGAAGUGGCCAUCACACAGCUGGCCAAUGUGGAUGAAGUAAACCAGAUCAUGGAAACCAAUUUGUGGCUACGCCACAUCUGGAACGAUUAUAAAUUGCGCUGGGACCCAGUGGACUAUGGCGGCAUCGAGACCCUUCGUGUUCCUGUGGACAGGAUCUGGAAGCCUGACAUUGUCCUCUAUAACAACGCCGUCGGCGACUUCCAAGCUGAAGGCAAGACAAAAGCUCUUCUUCAACACGAUGGCACGAUCACCUGGAGGCCCCCGGCUGUUUUCAAGAGCUCCUGCCCUAUGGAUAUCACUUUCUUCCCUUUUGAUCAUCAAAAUUGUUCCCUGAAAUUUGGUUCCUGGACAUAUGACAAAGCUGAAAUUGACCUUCUCAUCAUUGGCUCUAAAGUGGAUAUGAAUGACUUUUGGGAAAACAGCGAGUGGGAAAUUGUUGACGCUUCGGGCUACAAGCAUGACAUAAAAUACAACUGCUGUGAAGAGAUAUACACAGACAUAACCUACUCCUUUUACAUCAGAAGACUGCCGAUGUUUUACACCAUUAAUCUGAUAAUCCCCUGUCUAUUUAUUUCAUUUCUGACCGUGCUGGUCUUUUACCUUCCUUCCGACUGCGGUGAAAAGGUGACCCUCUGCGUGUCGGUUCUGCUCUCCCUGACCGUGUUCCUGCUGGUGAUCACGGAGACCGUCCCGUCCACGUCCCUCGCGAUCCCGCUGGUGGGCGAGUACCUCCUGUUCACCACGAUCCUUGCCACCCUGUCCAUCGUGGGGACUGUGUUUGUGUUGAACGUACACUAUCGCACUCCGGCCACACACACCAUGCCACAGUGGGUGAAGGUGGGCUUCCUCCAGCGGUUCCCCCAGGUCCUGAGGAGGAGGGGGCCUCUGGACGAGGCGAGGGAGACAAGUUCAGGUGAAAACCCGAAGGACACUCCCAGCCGGCCCACCAGAGUCAAGUUGGGUCCCCGCAGAGAGCCCAAACUUCUUCAAGAACGCUGCCGCUGUGGUCAGUCAGGUGAGCUUGCCACCAGCAAGAGACGAUUAAGUCGUCGGCCUUUACAGCGGAGGGCUGGAAAUUCAGAGCACUCGCCCGAAGUUGAAGAUGUAAUCAGCAGUGUUCAGUUCAUAGCAGAAAGCAUGACCAGCCAGAAUGCCAGGAAGGAGGUAGAAGACGACUGGAAGUACGUGGCCAUGGUGGUGGACAGAGUAUUUCUUUGGGUAUUCAUAGUCCUCUGUGUGCUUGGGACUGCAGGGCUUUUUGUACAGCCACUAUUGGGGAACACAGGAAAAUCUUAAGGGUGUAUUUUCCUUGUAGCUUCAGCAGCUUAUGGGUGACACAUUUGUUCUGUGUUCCCUACAACAAGGAGAGGGACCUAAAACUUUCCACCCAAGCCUCCCAUCUACUAAAGCUGAUGGUUAGGUGGAAAAGAGGACUUUAUUGUCAAUUAGGAGCCCGAGUGCUCUCCUUGGUAGCACAGAGGAGUGUUUUAAGAUGUUUUAUAAUACUGGAGCCUGGAGCUGGCAGCACCAUAGGCUACAUGCUUGGCUUCCAUGGAUGUGACUGACCCAUAAUACAAGAAACCACGUGACCAAUGCCAAGCUGUGCUAAAAGGUUCUGUCAUCCCUUCAGUAUAUGCUGCUUAUCAUUAUGUCAGAUGCCAGACAUGAAACUCUGGAAUUUGGACCUUGCUGAUGUUUGUAAUGCUUGUGAAUUUGUGCGCUUGCUUUCUUGCACAUGUCUGUGAUGGAGCUCACACACUUCAGCAUUAUUUGACACAUUGAUCAGCAAGAAGUAAUAGCAGGUAGAGUAUCUCAACAGGUUGUGUGUGAUGAGGACCCAUCUGGCAAGAUACCUGAGUGGUAACCAGCACUGCAAGGGUAACAGAAACAGGUUCUGUCCCACCGUGGGAAGCAGAAUCGAGGCUUCUCAAGAGCUAAAAAUAGAAGUGCCAUACCACCCAGCAAUUCCACUUCUGGGAAUUUACCUGAAGAAAACAAACUCACUGAUUUGUUAAGAUGUAUGCACUCCUGUGUUUAUAACAGCAUUAUUCACAAUAGCCAAGAUACAGAAGCAACCAAAGUGUCCAUCAAUAAAUGAACGGAUGGAGAAGAAACGGCACUCUACACAAUGGAAUACUAUGCAGACACACAAAGGAGCUAAAUCUUGCCAUUUGCAACAACAUGGAUGGAUCUAGAAGGCAUUAUGCUGAGUGAAA